AUGGCAGGAGGAGCCUCAGCCAUGACCUGGGGUUACCGUGUGGCCCUGCUACUGCUGGUCACCACCUUGGGGCUGGGUAGGCAGCUGCAGCCUGACCCUGGCCUCCCAGGCCUCUGGCACAGCUAUGACUCUAGGAUAAAGGGAGUGCAGCCGCUGGUGUUCCCCAGGCCAGGCCAGGCUCUCUGCUUCGAGGUGGUGGACGAAUUUGGGAACCGAUUUGAUGUGAACAACUGCCCCAUCUGCUACCACUGGGUCACCUCCAGGCCUCAGGAGGCUGCAGUCUUCUCGGCUGAUUACAGAGGCUGCCACAUGCUGGAGAAGGAUGGGCAUUUUCACCUGAGGGUAUUCAUGGAGGCUGUGCUGCCCAAUGGUCAUGUGGAUAUAGCACAAGAAUUAAUCUGUCCCAAACCUGUCCACCCCUGGACUCUGGACUCCCAGCUGGCACCACCUGCCAUGUUCUCUGUCUUCACCCCACAAACCCUUCCCAUCCAUCCCACCUCUGGCCACACCUCCUCAGGCUCUGGCCACGCCUUUCCCAGCCCACUGGACCCAGGGCACAGCUCCGCCCACCCAACUCUUGCUUUACCAUUCCCUGGACCUGGACCUGCCCUCGAAACCCUGGCUCAACGCCACUGGGGCCCCAUGGAACGCUGGGAUGUGAACCAAUCAGCUUACGUAGGUACCCACCUGAGCCAGGAGCAGUGCCAGGUGGUCGGGCACCUCCCCUGCCUCAUAAGAGGAACUUCAAAGGAAGCCUGUCAGCAGGCUGGCUGCUGCUAUGACACCACCACAGAGAUUCCCAGUUACUAUGGCAACACAGCUACUGUCCAGUGCUUCAGAGAUGGCUACUUCAUCCUUGUGGUGUCACAAGAAAUAGCCUUGACACAGAGGAUCACACUGGCCAAUGUCUGCCUGGCCUACGCCCCCACCAGCUGCUCCCCGGCACAGACACAUGCUUUCGUGGUCUUCCAGUUCCCUCUCACCCACUGUGGAACCACAGUACAGUUGGCUGGCGACCAGCUCGUCUAUGAGAACCGGCUGGUGGCCAGUAUUCACAUCCAAAAGGGGCCACAGGGUUCCAUCACACCGGACAGCACCGUCCAGCUUCAUGUGUGCUGUGUCUUCAACGCCAGUGACUUCCUGCCCAUUCAGGCAUCCAUCUUCCCACCCCCGUUGCCUGCCCCUGUGACCCAGCCUGGCCCCCUGCAGCUUGAGCUGCGGAUCGCCAAAGAUGAGACCUUCAGCUCCUACUAUGGGGAGGAUGACUGUCCCAUUGUGAGGCUGCUCCGAGAACCAGUCCACGUGGAAGUCCAGCUUCUUCAGAGGACAGACCCCAAGCUGGUCCUGCUGCUGCACCAGUGCUGGGGUGCUCCCGGUGCCAACCCCUUCCAGCAGCCCCAGUGGCCCAUCCUGUCAGAUGGAUGCCCUUUCGAGGGUGACAGCUACAGAACCCAAAUGGUAGCCUUGGACAGGACCACACCUUUCCAGUCUCACUACCAGCAAUUCACUGUUGCCACCUUUGCCCUCCUGGACUCGGGCUCUCAGAGAGCCCUCUGAGCACCGGUGUACUUCUUGUGCAGCACCUCUGCCCGCCACACCUCAGGGCUGAAGACUUGCUCCACCGCGUGCCGCCCUGGGACGGCAUGACAGGGACAAUCCUCAGGUCACCGUAAUGACACUGCCAGGCCCCAGGACAUGGUGAGCUCUCCGGGGCCAGUGGGCUUUGAGGAUUCUUAAGGGCAGGAGCCCACAGGUAUGAGGGCUUCUGGCCCUACCUUUUCCUUCUCUCUUAGCCUGAGGCCUCUCCUGUGGGUGGUCCUUUCACUGCCAGCGGUUUUCUUGGUCCUUGGGUUUGGUGUCUUUGUGGGCCUGAGCCAGAAGCUCUGGGAAAGCAACAGUGAACUGGCUCAAUAA